UGGUGCACAGCGUUGCCAUCUGUUUUUAUUCAAUUGUUAAAUAGUUAAAUUUUGUUUCUUUGAUUUAAUUUUGAUUACUGCCAAACAAUGGAGGAAGAUGCUUGGAAUGAUCUUAUAGGUAUAAGUGCGGAUCCCCCAGACAGACGGGACAAGUGCGAACAGUGCAAGCGUCCCGUUGUGGUCUGCUGGUGCCCGGCCUUACCUCAGCCAGCCAUUUCGGUGGCCUCACAGAUUGUGAUACUACAACAUCCUGCCGAGGAGAAACGUUCCUUACGUACAGCGUUGAUGCUUCAACUUGGCCUCGAGCCGGGCAAAUGUGUUGUAUAUAAGGGCAAACGAUUUCCCAAUCAAAAGAACCAAAAAGAACUCGAGGGUAUCUUUAAUUCCGAGCAGACUUUACUUUUAUAUCCCAGUAAGGAUUCAGUGCCUUUGGAGGAAAUCGAUAGGAGUAAAGGGCCAUAUACCUUAAUCCUAAUAGAUGGCACCUGGCCCCAGGCUAAGGCCAUCUAUGCCAGCAGUCCUGUUCUGCAUCGUCUCAAGCAGGUCAAGCUCAUUGCUGUUGGCAUCAGUGACUAUAUCAUCAGGACACAGCCCACAGAGGGCUGCUUAAGUACUCUAGAGACGGCUGCCCAGUGCCUGGCUGUACUGGAAUGUCAGCCCGAAUUGCGGCAGUCUCUGGUCCGUCCUCUUCAUACCCUUUGCAAAUAUCAACUAGACAAUGGAGCUGUUGAGCAUCAGUCCAAGGAGUUCCUAAUGAAGAAUAACCAGUAUCCCAAACCCAUUGGAAAGAGGCUAAGUCGCUUGCUUAACUAUAGCAACACAGUGUGCGGUGCUGUGCCAUUAGGAAUAGAGCAAGAGACGUGAUAGCAACAUAAUUAUGCUUUAGAUAUUAAAUUGUAUUGUGCAAAUAUUUAUAAGUUUCUACUACAAAAGUACUAAUACAUAUAAUUGUCCUCGAAAGAA